AUGGUGGAUAUGAUGGAAAAAAAAAUAUCCCAGUUGCCAUCUCUGGAAAGUUGUUCUGUCGACAGCGACUGUAACAAUGUAGGGAAAUGUGAAGAAGUUCAGAACUUAGGAGUACGCAUGUGUAUGCCAGCUUUUGUACGUAGGAUGCUUCGCAAAAACUCUGCUCACUUGGCAAAGACAUGCAUCUCUGAGAACGAGUGUGCUGGUUCCUCUAAAUGUAUGGAGUUUCCAAAAUUCGAAAAACAUAUCUGUUUAUUUGAAAACGGACUCUUACACAAAAUGAUGGUAAGCAUUCAUGAUAAGUUUGUAAAGGAGGACAAAGAUCAACCCGAUAACGAUACAAUAGAAGGGAAAGAGGAGGGAAAAGAAGACGAAGGACCAGAGGGAGAGAAUAAUUUAGAUAAUGAUGAUGAUGAUAAUAAUGAUGAUAUCGAUGAUGAUAUGGACGAUGCUCCAUUUAUUAGUGAUCCUCAGUUUCUUACCAAGAUAGAUGACAACGAUGAAAAAUUUAACAACUUCAUCAGAACGUAUAGGUCUUACCGCAAAAGGGGAUCCUGGAACAUGUUUUUCAUGGGUGUAUUUUCGAUGGCAGGAGUUGUGGUCCUCAUUUUAUUUGCUUUAUUAUGUUGCUUGACGGUCAAAAAGAGAAUGGCGAAGAAGAAUAUCGCUAAAGAGGAAUCUGGAGAAGGAGGAAAUAACAAACUUCGGAACAUGUUCUUGACCAAAAUCGGCACAGUUCAAAAUCCUUAUAGCAAACUUGAGGAAGAGAAGGGCGUAAGGAUAUGA